AUGUGUGAUUAUCAAAGUGGAUUUAUUUAUCAUUAUCAAAAUAUUACUGAUAUUCCUACAAAAAUUGAUAUAAUAAUUAUUAUAUUUUCAUGUUAUAUAAUAUUGAUUAAUCAAUUUAUAUUAUUUUUAUUAUUUCAAGCUUAUUUAAUAUCAUCAUCACAAUUUGUAAAUAUUUUAAUUAUGAUUCAAAUAACAUUUGAUACAUUUGUUUGUAUUUCACAAAUUGGUAAUAAAUUUUGUCCAUUUUUUUUAAUUACAUCAGAAAUGUGGAUCAAUAUAUUAGGUUGUCAUAUAUGGACAAGUGAAUUUUUAAAUAAUUUAUUUAAUACAUUUACUAGACAAACAAUUAUUACAAUGAUUAUUGAACAUUAUUUAUCGAUUUAUAUACCAAAUUUAAAUUUAUUAAAUUAUCCUAAAUUAUUAGGUGGUAUUUAUUGUUUAAUAGUAGUAUAUAAUAUAAUUUCUAAUUUAUAUUUAAUUCUUUUAGUUAAAUUAGAUCAAACUGGUCAAUGUAUAAUUAUUUCAAAAAUGUUAAUCAAUAGUAGUGAUCGAUUAGAAUUAAUUAUUUUCAAUUAUAUUUCAUUGAUACUUGGUGAUAUUAUACCAUUUAUAGUGAUAACUAUUAUCAUUAUAUUAAUAAUAUUACAUCAUUAUAAAAUUAAAUUGAUUACAAAAGAUGAAAAUCAAAUGAAACCAUUAGAAAAUUAUUUAAGAUUAUUAUUAAUUAUUUGGUGUUUACCAGAAAUUUUAAUUACAUUAUGUGAUAUAUGUCAACAUGUAUGUGAAACAUAUAUAGAAUAUGAAAUGAUAUGUGAUAUAACACAUCAUUGUUUAGAAUUAUUACGUUCAAUUACAUUUAUAUUACACUCAAUGAGUUUAUUUAUUUUUUUAAAACCAAUAAGAAUUGAAGCUUUAAAAACAUUCAAAAAUAUUUUAAAAUUUUUAAAAAAAAUAUUUUCAUUUUUUUGA